GUUUCGUGUGCUUGCUGCUGGUAAAGAAAAGUGUUUACAAGAGUUUUCCUGCAUUUUCCGGCCGAAAUCAUUGGAAAUUCAUAAAUUAAUUGAUUUGUGUUAAGAAAUCUGUAGUUUGCUAGGUUGAAAGUGGAUUUGAUUUGUAGGUUUUGAAAAGUGGCCUCGCUUAAAUGGCCGAUCAAUCCAUGAUCGAUUAUGGAUGGUGAGCGGCGGCGCCCAAUUUGGAGCUGCUAGAGAAGCAAGAGGAAUCUGCGCGGACCGGCCAUGAAGGUCCACCGCUACUUGACGGUGCUGGUGCUGACCUCGUUCGUGCUCAUCUGGUACUACAUUCUGCGGGUCAACAAUGGAAUCUUCACCGGGUUGGGCGGACUGGGGGCAAAUUCCAGUGCCGCCCUCGCGCGGAGGGGACUGGGCCUGCGCCAAAACGCCCCGUCCAAUGCGUCCGAGAUAGCGAUCGUGGUGGUGGCCUGCGGCGAGCGUCACAACGAAGCGCUCAACAUGAUCAAAUCUGCGAUCAUGUUCAACCGGAACCAGUCGCCGCUGCGGUUCGUCGUCGUGGCCGAGGACCAGUUGAAGCAAAACUUUGUGGAAAAGUUGGACGACUGGCAGGAGAUCAACGACAACAUCUUUACGUACGAAAUUCAUUCGCUUACGUUUCCGGCCAAGGACAAGGACGAGUGGAAGAAGCUGUUCAAGCCGUGCGCGGCGCAGCGGUUGUUUUUGCCGUCCCUCCUAACGCACAUCGAUUCAGUAUUAUACGUUGACUCGGACACGAUCUUCCUGGCGCCGGUGCAGGAGCUGUGGUCGCUGUUCAAGACCUUCAACGCGUCCCAGUUUGCCGGCAUGGCGCCGGAACACGAGGACAAGAACGCCGGCUGGUACAACCGGUUCGCGCGCCAUCCGUACUACGGCGACCUGGGUGUCAACUCGGGCGUCAUGCUGAUGAACCUGACCCGGAUGCGGGAAUUCCGCUGGGAGCAGCACAUCAUGCCGAUCUACCGCGAGUUCCGCCUCAAGCUGGUUUGGGGCGAUCAGGACAUUAUCAACAUCCUGUUUCACCACCAUCCGGACCGGUUGCUCGUGUUCCCGUGUGACUGGAACUACCGGGCCGAUCACUGCAUGUACAUGAGCGUUUGCGAGGCCCCAGACGGGGUCAAAAUCGUCCACGGCAACCGCGGAUACUUCCACUCGCUGGUGCAGCCCAUCUUCAACCUGCUGUACACGACCGUCGAGGAGUACGCCUUCCGGACGGACAUUCACGCCAACUUUAUCCGCACCAUCGAGGACUCGCUCGCGCUGCCGAGCAACUCCAACUGUGAUAAGUUGCUGGACAAGUUUCUGCAGGACCCCCGGAAGUACUUUAAGCAGAAUCUGUACGAGGAGGAUACUUAACAGCAGAGAAGCACACGAAAAGCAAUAAGCAGCGCAUAUCUGUCUCUCUCGAAUACAUUUCAAAACAGUGAUUUCAAUCAGUAUGAACCGUGAACAAAAACGAACAAGGAGAUGAUUUCUGACGCGACAGUGAAGAGAAGCAAAACUCGCCCACUCCCCCUCCCGUUAGUUGAUAUGUUGUUUUAUUUUUGCGUUGCAUCGUUAGUCCUAAGUAAAGUCGAUCGUUACUAGUUACAAAAUGGAACAUUUUUUAGUCAAAAUGUAGUGACAACCCCUUCAGUACUGGAAUAAGUUAAGAUUUCGUGUUUGUUUUUUUUUAAAGAUUGUAAAUAAAGAGCCUUUCAUUUACAACGCUGUC